UAUAACAGGUUUGGUUUUAUCAGUAGAAUUAUGUCAAAACUCUUCCAUAACAAGUAAAAACCUAGCUUUGCUUUGUAAACUCCUACAUCAGAAUAACAAAAUUCCCAGAUCUGUAAAAGUUAAGGCAACGAAAAUGCAACGGUCCUUACUUAUCCUCCUCGGCAUCGCCGCCUGCGCCGUGGCUACUCCUUUCCAGGACUGCGGGUCCAAGGGAACAGUUGUGGCGUUUGAAGUUGAAGGCUGCUCAGCACCUCCAUGCAUCCUGCAGAGAGGCCACUCUUACCUGGUCACCAUCCAGUACACUUCAAGCGUCGACACUGAUACACUGACGCUUGGUGCAUCGGCUUCCAUUGGCGGCUUCGAAGUCCCGUGGCCUGGCGUCGAUACAGAUGCUUGCAAGCAGCUGGAAGGAACCGAAAACCCAUGUCCCAUUGAAAAGGGAACCGCUGUCGACUGGCAGUUCCCGGCAGAAGUUUUGUCGGAAUACCCGAGAAUCCAAACAACGGCAACCUUCAAGCUGAUCGACUCCAACAGAGAUUAUCAAUUCUGUGCCAAGGUGCCCGCCAUGAUCGUGUGAGAAGAAGAAGAAGCGCUUGGUUGAGCAACUCAUGUUGUUUGUUUAAUCUUUUACAUAUAUAGUGUAUUUCUUCCAUGUAAACUUCAGUAAUUUCAAUAAUUAAUUUAUGUCAAUCAUUUUAGAAAGAGAUGUCCUCAAACAUGUACAUAGAUAACAUAAACAUUAUUCAUGGAACACUUUAAAUUUAGAUGAAGAUGAUUGGAGUCCUCAAUGGAAACCUAGUCUUAGUCUUACUGAUGUAGGAAAUAAUGUGUAUUAUAAGAUGCUUCUGCUGUUAUUAAAACAGUUUCUUCUUUCAUUUAAUUGUCCAUUACUUUAGGUAAACUUCAAAGGCAAAAAUCCUAUUUUUAAAUAAAAUGAAGAUUAAA